AUGGUCGUCUGUCUGUUACUUCCAUCCCGUGUGUGCACUGAUCCUGGAUCCGGCACGCAGGAAGCUCACAUUUUUGCCUGUCACAAUAAAUAUAUAACUAAAUAAACUGGCAGGUAGAAGUCACAUGUCGAUGACGUGUGGGCAAACAAACAGCGAGCCAAUCGCAGAGAGGCAGUUCGGUCAGCUGACAGCAACUUCCGGUAUUGUCACGUCAAGCGUUGGAAAUGGCAGGACACGACCAUCACCACUUUUCUCUGUGUUUCUGCGAUUUAAUGAGGUUGUUGUGGUCCUUGGUGGUCCCCUGCGCCUACCUCAGCCUGUUCCUGACGCUCCUGCUGCUGCUGCUCCUGCUGGGGGUCCGCGCGUGGCUGCAGGGCCGCCGCAAGGCUCGCCGGGCUCAGGACGGCGGCCCCGCCGUGGCUUUCUUCCACCCGUACUGCAACGCCGGAGGAGGCGGGGAGCGGGUCCUCUGGUGCUCCCUGCGGGCUCUCAUGCACCGGUACCCCGGCGUCUGCUUUGUGGUUUACACGGGUGACCAGGGAGUGACAGGCGAGCAGAUUGUGGAGGGAGCCCGACGGCGUUUCAACAUCACGCUGCCCCGACCAGUCACCUUCAUCUUCCUGCGUCACCGCGUGCUGGUGGAGGCCAGCUCGUACCCUCACUUCACCCUGCUGGGCCAGAGCGCCGGCUCCAUGUUCCUGGGUAAGAACGCUUCAGCGGCGUGUAAAGUACUGAGAGCUUGUGGUAUUUGGCACCAGGUGUUAGCUGGUGGAAACAGAAGCUUGUGGGUGUGUGUUGCAGGCUGGGAGGCGCUGACGGCCUUCGUUCCUGACCUGUACGUGGACUCGAUGGGCUACGCCUUCACGCUGCCCAUCUUCCGCUACCUGGGAGGCUGCAAGGUGGCGAGCUACGUCCACUAUCCCACCGUCAGCACCGACAUGCUGUCUGUGGUCAGAGAGAGGAACCCCAGAUUCAACAACGCUGACUUCAUCUCCAGAAACCCCGUGCUGAGCGCGGUCAAGGUGCUGUACUACUGCUGCUUCGCCCUGCUGUACGGCCUGGCCGGCUCCUGCAGCGACGUCGUCAUGGUGAACUCCACCUGGACGCUGGGACACAUUCUGGCUCUGUGGCGAUGCCCGAGCCGCACCGGCGUCGUCUACCCGCCCUGCGACGUCAGGGCUUUUCUGGACGUGCCCCUGGAAGAGGAAGAUGAGUCCGAGGAGGGCUGGGAGGAGCUCGGACAGGAGGAGCUGAGGAGCGGACAGGAGGAGGACGCAGGAGUGGACAGGAAGUGCCACUCCAUCGUGUCGGUGGGUCAGUUUCGGCCGGAGAAGGACCACCAGCUGCAGAUCAGGGCCUUUGGCAAACUGCUGGACAGGAGAGCGGGGACGCCCGGUGGGCGGGAGUCGCUGCGGCUGGUGCUGAUUGGCGGGUGCAGAAACCAGGAGGACGAGGACAGGGUGCUGAUGCUGCGGGGGCUCUGCCAGGAGCUCGGCGUGUCCGACCGUGUCGACUUCAGACUCAACGUGCCCUUUGAGGAGCUGAAGAGGGAGCUGGUCAACGCCACCAUCGGACUGCACACCAUGUGGAACGAACACUUCGGCAUAGGUGUGGUGGAGUGUAUGGCUGCAGGCACCAUCGUUCUGGCUCAUAAGUCAGGAGGUCCAAAGCUGGACAUCGUGGUGCCAUACGAAGGCGGACAGACGGGCUUCCUGGCUGAUAGCGAGGACGGCUAUGCCGCUGCCAUGGAAACCAUCUUAACGCUGUCUCUGUCUGCCAGACUGGAGAUCAGGCGAAACGCUCGGCGCUCUGUGGAGCGAUUCUCCGACCAGGAGUUUGAGGCCUGUUUCCUCGCCGCCACAGAUUCUCUGAUGAGGAAACUGGAGCGAUGAGGAGGAGCAGACGAGGCCUGGUGUCCAGCAGGGGGACACAUUCAUGAGGCUGAAGCACCAAGGACCAACUCCAACCCUCCAACCCUGUUAGUAAAGUGUGACGUGAUGCCUCAGUUCAGAUUUAAAAUAACAGAUCAAAGAACUCCUGUUCGAGGUGGACUAAAACUGUCCUUCUUAUCCAACACCAUGAAGCAGCAGAAACAGGACACGUCCGGUCCCUCUGCAUGUGUCAAACUCCUGUGGUCCUCAGGUCGGUCUCCAGGUGACCAGAGGAGAGCCAGAGACGACAAGGUUUUGCUCCAGAAGAUCUCAGAAGUUCCCCUGCACAGUUUAAGUUAUACCACGGAGACAUGGCAGCUUUCUUAUUAGCCUGCUAACAUGAGCUCAUUUUGGACAAUAAACAAUGGGACAGUACUGGAGUAGUGUAUUGUACUGCAGUACUUAUACUGUACUGCAGUACUUACUGUAACAUCCGGAAUGUUAUGUUACAGUCUCAUUUCAAAAUGGAUUAAAUUUCUCCCUCAAAAUUCU